AACCGUUGCCCCGACGAGAGUUUUCUUGUUGUUUGGCUAAGUCGUCUCCGCCAUUUUCUGCCUCUCAUCCAACAGAAUCGUCAAGGGCUUGUCGCUCGGUCUGAUGCAGCAUCGCGACAUUGAACAUCUUACUUCAUGCACUAAACUCGAGUAGUGUUUUUACUUUAUCUUUAUUCUGUAUCUUUUUUAUUAUCGCCUCGUUGCGCGCUCUUUUUCGCUGCUACUCGUAACUUCUUUGCCUCUUGUUUAUUGUGGUCGCAUCUCACUUGUUCGGGGGGGUAAACAACCCUAAGCACAUGGAGACUGACCCUCAGCCUCUUGAAGCCGGCGCAAUGUCGCAGCAUAACCAGCGACAGAGAACCAUGUCGAGGGCAUCUACCGCCUCAAUCCACAGCGCCGCGACGCAACCGACCCUUGACCAGCAAGCCUUGAUGGCGCACCACGGCAGUUUCACAGAUCAGUGGGUUCCGAAUGACCACGCACCCCAAAGAGAUAUGUCGUCAGCGGUUCAACCCAUGUCUACCGGGGAUAUGAUGCUUCGUCCUGCCUCUCAGCUGCAAGUCGGACAAGUCGGACAGUCGUUUUCGAUGAACUCUAGCAUGCACUCCGCCGUUGGGCUUGCUAUGCCGUACGCUCAACAUCCCAACCUGCAUCCUGCUGUAUCAGCCGAAAGCUUCGCAGGAAACACGAGUUUCACAGACGCAGAGAGCCAGAUGAUGGAACGUGAUGAAGCUGACGAAGUUGACUCGCUUGCUGGACGGUCACAAGGCGCGAAACCUGCUUCCAGCCGUACCAGCGCCAACAACGAGCUUGAGAUGCGCCAGUUGUUUCACGCUAAUAAGAACCGCACUCUUGCGGAUGUUGCGAAGGAGCUGCACGGGAAUGAGCGUGGUCCUAAUUCCGAACGCGCUCGUCAGAUUUUCGCUAUGUUAUGGAUCAACGGUGUUUGUACCAAGGGAAAAGGUUCGGUACCUCGAGGGCGUGUUUAUGCCAACUACGCAUCCCGCUGCGCGACGGAAAGAAUAACUGUCUUAAAUCCUGCGAGUUUCGGGAAGCUUGUUAGAGUGCUUUUCCCGGGCUUGAAGACUCGAAGACUCGGCGUCCGCGGAGAAUCAAAAUACCACUAUGUCAAUUUUAAUUUACUAGACGAUCAGCCUACAUCCAGAGAAGCCUCUAUACAGCCCGCGAUCCCCUUCCCGGAACCGGCCCCUUUUGCGCGUUCUUUGAGGUCUGUGUCACCCGCUACCAACUCAUUUGCACUUCCUGUUCUCAUGCCCAACAGUGCCGCGCAGUCUCAAUCGCCCGCGUUGGACGCGCCACAUUCAGCUCUUCCGUCGCCUACGCUCGUGCAGCAACCUGAUACUCCCGCUGGCUCGCGAUCAACGACUUCCAGAACGCACAGCUUAUAUAACCAAUGGGACGUUAAACAUCUCGAUCAGUUACGUUCAUCUAACGCUAAAACAACUAUACGCUUAGCAUUCGUAGAGCCCGAGCAUCCUUCUAAGUCAGCCGGUCCCAUUGUUCUACCUAGGAUCGAGCCAUUUUUACCAAACGGAACGGACCCAGACGCAGCAAUGUCUCUGCAUGCUCUCUACCGAUCCCAUUGUACAUCGCUAGUAGAAUGUAUUCGCUAUUGCAAGGAGAAGGCGUUCUUCCACCUUUACACAUCUUUUCAGGGCACGCUCACCACGCCCGUACAGAAACUCUUUUCUCAUCCCAGCAUCGCCCCGUGGAUAGAAGAGUGUGAUUACGUGCUUUACCAGCGCAUGAUCCAGAUCAUCUAUAUCCUCGUUUUACAAGCCAUCCCCCAGCCUGUAUUGAACGCAUUCGAGAAGAUAUCGCAUCAAUUAGUCGCCCACAUACGCGACUCUUUCCAGGGACAACCGAGACACGUGGUCCAAGCUAAGGAGGCCCCUGCUACGAUUUUUGCCGGUCUACUCGAUCGCACUCUACGAGUUAACCUUACAGCUCACGCGGCAGCGAAUAUGCUUUCCAUUUCUGCCAAUAGGGACCAGAUGUAUAUGGACUGGAUGGAGGCAAUCAAGGUUCGCAAGCUUGCCGAAUGCAUCCCCACCAGAGGCAUGGAUGAUCUAGUUGACCUCUUAUAUCAUGAAAUCCGAGACUUGAUUGAUCCCGUCAACAUCCCUUGGAGUGAAGAGUGUAAAUAUAUCUACGGAGAGAUCGCACUCAACAACAAACGUGGAUUACAGCCGUUAAAUGACUCCAAUGGUGGCUCGGAGUCCUUCCUUGAGCGAUGGGUCGACUUCAUACUAUCGCUCCCGAAACGUUUCCCCUAUGCCACGGCGACAGACAUUGUUUGGGGUGUGCAGCGCGUUGGGCUGGAGGUCAUGCGAGAACUUACUAUGCGCCAGAGUAUUAGUUUUGGGUCGUGGUGGGUGACGAAGUGCUGGCUCGACGAGAUGGUUUCGUUCCUCGCCGAAUACGGUGGUUUCAUGAAGUCGAAGAAUUCACUGCCGCCAGUUGCCAGCGAGAUCAAGUCCCAGGUGGAUGGUAAUAACGCUGCCCUUGGAGGCUCGCGCGUCGGUAGCGACAAUCAAGGAGCUGCGCGUGUCUCCCAGCCGCAGCCGGAUCGUGCCCCGUUCCCGUCUCAGCUCGAAGUCAACGGGGCAGACUCUCUCCACAUGUCAGCGAAUCACGACGACAGCGGAAUCGGGAUUAGAACUCCAGAAGAAGAUUUCCCUAUCGAAAAAUUCGAGUAUCAGGAGGAGGGACAGGAUCAAAGCUUACAUUCUCUCAACUUGGACGAGCCCGUCCAAUAGGGUCGGCAGGGGCAUCCCGGGGUUUAGAGACUAUAUAUUAAUAGUCGGUGUUGGUGUGGUUGUUUUGACUCUUUGCCUCGGGUAUGGUAUAUGACCUACUUCCACGAAGGUAUGAUGGUAUGACCGAACACGAUAGACAGUCAGGGCCCCAUGGUUUGAGGAUUUCGGGGCAUGUACUAGGUCGCAACGUUUAGGUGGUAAUUUUUAUAACGGGCAGGGCGCACAUUUUCGAGGCAGGGAAAAAGAAAUUUCAGGGUUGGACCGGUACAGUUGGUCCUUGAUUUCACCAGGAGAAAGUGCAUCUACGGUCAGGAUGGAGGUGUCUUUUUUUUUUCUUGGCCCCGGGUGUAUAAGGGGCGGCAUGGAUAUUCGCCUUGGUAUUCGGAUAGGAUAGGAGAAGAUCCGAAGGCUUAUGGCCUGUAUGAUACCCGUAGCUAUUUACGUCUAUCCACGCGUAGUCAAUUACGCACUGAGAGAUUGUUUAUACUAUGGUUACCUUUUUCUUACGUGUCUAGUAAGUGAUGGCCAUUGUGUAUAUAUAUAUAUAUAUACCUAAUACCUAUAUGAGGCAUGGCUUACUAUGUACAUAGUAAUAUGAGAAAGAAGUAAAGAUAAUAGAUGAGUUAGGUACCUACCUACUAUUUUGACGAGACGAGUUGAGAUUUUGAAAAUGAGUCAAGGUAAAAACGCAUCAGAUGGC